UAUGCGGCUGUGCAAAUAAUGUUACAAUGAUGGAUAAGUUAUGGGUGGUGUUGUUAGUGGCCUUGACCGGCGCACACUUUGGGCAGGGAUUGCCGCUGCGUUCGACGCCGCACAGCUACCCGCACAACACAAACGGGUCAAUCCCGGCAGGAUGGAAGGGGGGCAGCCUGUACGCGGCUGUGCCGGCGCUGGCGCUCAUAGUCACGGCCGUAGGGCUCCUGUUCGGGUGCACCUGGUGCUACAGGCACAAGGACUGUAAGCAAAACGAAGGAGCGGACAACCAGCUGUUCACUGCCAGCGCCACACACCUGCACGAGCGGCGCUCGCACCCGCCCGACUCCGGCUUCUCAGAACCCGCCAACAACAACAUCAGCGAGGACAACAACAAUGGCCCCAUAUCGCUGCGGGAGAUGCAAAACAUCGCCAACAACAAUGCGACAGCAUACAUUGUUAGCGAGAACGAGGAGCGGAACAGAGUCAGCCGCGAGUCUGUUGUUGAGUUUGAGCCGCUGCCCACGGGCAUCAGGGUCGCUGAUCCGUUGGAGAGAUGCGUGGAUUGGUUCGGCGACGAGGAUUUCCCGAGGAAUAGAUUGCAAUAUCUACGCGAGAUCGGACGGGGGUGGUUCGGCAGGGUAGUGGAAGGCGAAAUCGAAGACGAAGGCACAACAACGACAGUAGCAGUCAAAAUACUGAACCAGAACGCGAGUCUAGAAGACAAAGCUCGGUUCCUGGACGAAGCGCGCCUCUACCGCGACGCGAGUCACGAGAACGUGCUCGCCUUCGUGGCCAGCUGUCUGCAGGAAGACCCCUGGAUUCUUAUAUUUGAGCUGUGCUCCACAGAUCUCCAGAACUAUCUGACAGCGAACCGUCCAAUGAUGGCGGCGCUGAACGAGAGCGGCGUCCCGCUGCGUCUCAUGUGUGACGUCACUUCCGCUCUCUCCUACCUUCACUCUAGGGGAUAUACAUAUGGUGAGCUGUGCACGCAGAACGUUCUUAUUCGUGGUUCAGAAGAGGCGGCGCGCGCCGUGCUGGGCCAUUAUGGCUUGGACCCGCGGCCGAAUGUAGACAAUAUUCAGCAUAUGUCGCAGGCCGGCGACGUGUCGUCCUUGGGCUACGUGCUGCGCGACAUCUGCUCCUGGGCCGCCGCGCCGCCGCCCGCGCAGCCCGACUGCCCCUACCGAGAACAUCUACACCAAGUGAUGCAGCUAUGCUGGCACGAGAACCCUGACUCUCGGCCCGGCGCCGCCCAGGUGCAGGCGCUUCUCGAGCACCUCCACUCUACGCACAUGCGCUGCAGCGAAACCCGUGACGACGGCUACGGCAGCUCUGACUUCGAGGAGCGCUGGCAGCGCCUCAAGCCCAACACCAUCCCCAAGCUGGACGAGCACCGCGCCCUCGUGCACGCCCCCUCCACCUCCGUCACCUCACACUUCACCGGCUCCGAGGAGUUGUCCGCCCACUGUCUCAGCGUCGACAUGGACACCGCCGUUUCCAGGUCCAGCAGCAUCAUGUCGGACAAAGACCCGCUAUCCGUGCAGAUCAAGUCCGAGAGCCUCACGAACCUCCACGGCUCGCUCGAGGACGUCCGCAACAUUUAUCUCACGCAUAACGAGCAGGCCGUCCUCGAGUGCCACCAGGCCAACACUAUCGAGGACCGCGACGACGAUCGCUCGGACGCCUCGGUAGACCCGUGGCUCAAGGAGAUCAUCGCUGGCAGCCAGGACGACGUCAGCUACUACAAAGAUGUCAGCGACGUCAUAAAGAAUCUCGAUAAUAUUCUCAAUUCGGAAAAGACGUCCAGCUCGGAGUCGAGCCACCAGGCGAGUCCGUCGAGGGACAAUUUGAGCUUAGACUGUAAAAAAGAUUACCCGAUGCAAUCUAGUAUGGUUAAAUCGCCUGGCAUUACAAACUUCCAGAAUAUUAUACAGGAAGUCGGACUUGAAGACAAAUCGCCCGAAAAGAAACAGGAUGAGGAUGAAGAUAGAGAUACAAUAGGCACGCUCAGUCACUCGUUCGAGCGGCAUAGCGAUACCACCAGCCAACACACCUUAGAAAAUUUAACUCCUGAUACGCCUAUAAAAGACAUGGAGUUACCGUUUGAAAAGACGAAUGCUGAUUUACAAAAUAAACUGCAUGCAAUUGAAAUAUCUGAGGAUGUACAAGUUGAAGCAGUAUUGCCAAAAGAAAGUGAAGUAGAUAAUAGUGAUAGUGUAAAAACUAAUAUAUGUAUAACGCCAAUGCAUAGUGUUAAUGAAGAUAAGAAUGUGUAUGUGAGUGAAGACUGCCAAACCCCGAGUGAUAAUAAGUUAACUGAUAUAUUGCAUGAUAAGGAAACAGUGCAAGCUAAGUCAAUAAGUGAAGUUAGCGGUAAUAACCCAGUUUGUAAUAACGCGGAAGAAGUAAUAAUUAAGACUGUUCAAAGUUUAGAACAAAACGUGCCAGUGAAUGUAGAAGAUAAAGAGGUCUUGCCGGUAUUUCCUGAGGUAGUUCAAAAUGAUAAGGCUACAGAUCUGUUACCAAAUGCCCCACUAGAAGAAAAACAUGCGACUGACCUACGACUCGAAACGACUAACAUAAAUAGUCAAAAAGAAAUAAAUAAUGAUCUCAUUUCACCUGCAGAAAGUACAACCGAUAGUAAAAUAACACCAUUUCAUAUGAUAGCCCUGGAAGAAAGUUCGUCUGUAAAAGUAGAAAACUUAGACAAUGUUAGUCAAAUAGCGUUUGAAUCUCCUCAUAGAUUAGAAGAAAGUCAACAAGGCGAUUCGCCUUUACCAACUUAUGAAGAAAAAGGGGAAUCAGAUGUGCCUGAAUCAGUACAAAUUAUAUCCGCCGUUCCAGUUAUUGAGAGCUUUUUAACUGGAAGUCAUAAUAAAGGCGAUGUUGAAGUAGAUCUUAAGUCAAUUACUGAAACAGAUGUUUCUAAAAACACAGAGGAAGAACUUGUGACAUUGGUGGAAAAAGAAGUUGUGGUAACAAAUGCUCCAAUUAAUGUUACUACACCUACGUUGAUUUUGUCGGAAGCACAAGAAGACAAACAACUCUCAAUAGAUAAACUUCCUGAGGAAUUUAUUGACAAAAUAAUAAAGGAAGCUGAGACAGCUGCUUUGAAUUGUAUUGAAACAGCUCGAGCUAAAACAUUAGUACCUGAACCAUUAAAUAUUCCUAAAAAUGAAAUGGUAGAAAUAUUUCUUAACACUGAAAUAAAAUCCUUGAAUAACUCUACUGCAUAUAAUAUUACUCAUGAUACUGGAGCUGGCCAAGACAUUUUACAAAAACAAACAUCCUCACAAGAUAGUCAACAUAAUUUUCUUAAAGAGGAGGUAAAAUUACCUUCAUCCAGCAAUUUAGAUAAUAUUACAAAAGAAAUUUUGCUAGAUGCAAUGCACGAAGUACCUAAAGUUAUGCAAAAAGUAGAAUCACUGGAUUUUUUUCACGAUAAUAAUUUAAAAGUGACACCCACUUCUGAUGCUUAUUUACGAGAAUGUGAAACGAAAGCCCCUGAAAUCGAAUCUCUUCCGGAUGUUGUACGGGAUGUUACGCACUCCAUAGAUCAACCGAUUGAUAAACAGGUGCAUCGUGAUAAGGAAAAUACUAAUACGCAAAUUGGAUCACAGUCAGUGGUCCCUCAGAUAUCUCUUGAUCUUGAAUCGACAGCAAGUGCAGAUUCUUCACAAAGUACUUUUCUCAUUAAAGACACACUGAAAGAAAAAUCCAAAAUUGUAUCCGAAAGUCCUGUAGACAUUUUACUAGAUGAGCCAGUACGAGAAAUUGUGGAACCGGAAGUUAACAUGGAAACUGUGAUAAAUACAUUUCUUGAUUCUGAAAAAAGAGUAACAGAAAGUUUAUGCGCUGAUGACACUUUGAAACCAACAUCUAAGUUACCAAGUCAGAAUGAAACGGAAGUAAUUGCAGUGGUUGCAGAAGAAACAAUUGCAAAAGACAAUAUUAUAGAACAAAAUGCUAUUCCCAAGUCUAAUACUACUGCUGUAGAAAAUGGGCGUGUACCAUCAGAUGACAGCACAGCUUAUAUGGAUCUGACUGAUAGUGUGAAAGCUGAAAUUGUAGAACAAAACCCUAUGGAUGAUAACAUUAAAGAUGUAAUUAACUCUUGCUUAGAGACUCCUGGAAAUGAUAGCUGUUCACUAGUCAAGUUGGAAUCCACAGAGUACUUAGAUCUGCCCACUGUUGUGAGGGAUGUGGAUGAGUUUUUACACGCAGAAAGGCAACUUAGCAGCCAAGUGGACGAGAAAGAUCCUCUAUGUUCAAGUACACCUAAAAGCUUAGUGGAUGACACUCCAAACUCAACAGAAGAAAAGUCUGACGUAUUAACAGAAACAAAAGUCCCUGACUAUGGACCCGGAGUAACGCUAACAAAAUUGGAACAACAAUGUGUCCCAGAUUUUCUAAGCCCUUUUGAUUCUCCGACCAAAAGUCACCCAACUGACACCUACGAUGAAAACAGCUCAGUAGUCCUAGGCCCUUUUGAGAACUGCACUAUGGAACUUUUUAAAGGCAUUAAAUCUGGUGAAGAUCUAGGCGACAUCCCGAAAGAAGAGAUGUUCUUCUCUUCAAAUUUCAGUGAAAUUAAUCUCGAAACUCCCUCGCCACUCCGCGAUGGUAACUUUUUGAAUGAAGUGCCGGAUAUAGUCAACGAUGAUAAUUUCCUGGAUAUAAUCAGUGAUCCCAACGAUGAAGCAGACUCGAAGACCGACGCCAGCGACGUCACUGAUCAGUCUGUUGCUGAGAAAAAAGUUUCACCGUCGACGCCUCCCAACUCUCCUGGGUACUUUCUAGCCUCUACGUCUCAGCAGAAAUAUCUAGUAGAUAUAGAUUUGAACCCAGCAACGGAGCCCGCUCCCGUGGAAUCAGAUUCGGGUUUAAGUUCACUGCAUAAAGAAAUCGAGUUGAAUCAAAUUGAGCUUCAAAUCACUUCGAAAUUGGCUAUGGCCGAGAACGAAAAUAAUUUGAAUAUUGAAUACUCAGGGCCGUUGACUGUGGAAGGUUUAGUGCAGAAUGAUCUGGUGAGGGAGGAGGAAUCGGCGCCGGAGACGUUUCUAGCGGGGAACGGGGGGAACAUUGACGAUAUACGGGAGAUGUUCACGCUGGAUGAAGACUGCGUCAACGCGUUGAGGAACGAGCUGGAACUGAAGCUGCCUCUUGCACAGGUGGCAGCGAUAGAGCCCUCGUGCGAGAGCGAGAGCUCUAGCGCGUCGUGGUCGGAGCUGCCGCCGCCGCCCGAGCUGGUGGUGAGCUACCCGGGCGCGCUCAGCCCCAUCGCCGAGGAGACCGGCCCGCAGCUGUCCGCCUACGAGAACGACGUGCUGUGGAACGCGUCUCUCCGCACGGAAUCCUCAGAAAGCUAUCCGUCUCCAUGCAACAACUCUACGGAGGAACCGACGGAGCCGCCGACAGGCCAAGACACCUACACGCUGCCCGGCCGGCAAUCCUGCACCCAACCUCAGACUAGUAGCAGGGAGAUAACAAUGAGUGCCGAUAGUCUAAACGCCAGUCCGGCGAAAACCGGGAUAGACGACCGAACGUUCACCGUGGACGAGGGCCGCUGCGAGCGCAUCUCCCAGGUCUCCCCUUUCGUGCUCAGCCCCACCACCGACUCCUCCGCCACCGCGGUCACGGGCGUUUCCACACUGUCCAAGACCACGCAACCGACUGAUAUCAAACCUUCAGAAACGCUCUCUAAAGCUACCAGCAUCGAUUCCUGGUGUUCCAACGACACGCUAUACAACGUAGAAGAGGCUUUCGAUGACAUAGCCUCCGAUCAAGAUCUCCCUCCAGACUUUGAUCCAGAAAAGGACGACAACAGCGAAAGCGACACACUCACCCUCGACGACGAGAAAGAGCUCAGCCACAUAUCCACCUACAUCGUCCACGACAGCAAGUCGGACGACGACCGGUUCUCGCCCGACUCCAUCACAGCGAACGAUAAUGACAACCAUACGUAUACGAAAGCGAGAGCCUCGCCGACCAAGUCUGAAGGCUCGAAGACGAAGGACUUAGCGUACGGGACGAUGACAGGACCGUACUCUAACUGCACAACAGAAAUCUUGUCUGCCGAUAAUGCUUGGAUGUUACCCCAACCGGAGCUAGUUCGACGCUCCCCCAUAGAUUUUAAUGUCGAUAUCUCCGCUCCGACACCCAAAGAGUGCGAAGAAGUCGAUAGCCCGAAAUUAAAAAGUGAGCCUUGUGUCAAAAAAAUGGACAGCGUUGAAAUAACUUGCCUGGAAGAUAAUUUAUUAAACAACGAGAGCCCGAAACGCGAUGAAACCCAUGGCAGCCCUCACUGUCACUACGAUAUGGGGGCCGGUGUGACGAGCACGCCUCUUACGGAGAUUCCUUCGGAAGAGAGCACACCUUCGACUUUGGCAGUAGACAUGAGGACGCCAGAAAAUCUACCGAACAUUGUACCCAACUACCAGUCGUUUAUGCUGUCAGCGGAGCUGCGGCAACAAGAGACAGAUGUACAUACCUUCCCUUACGAGUCCGAGGUGUCCGAGGAGAGCCGACUUGGAUCGGAGGCGACGCCGUCUUUCAUCGAGUUCAUGCACGCAGCUACUUCUAAACCCCAGGAAACGUCGCGCUUGCACUCUAGUCAAAACGGUUCAGGCGACUUCGAGCGAUUCGAAAACUCAUUGAAAACACGCCCUCAGGACCUUUCCCAUGAGAAAGAAGCUCCUACAGAAGACUCGACCAGGCCUAGUCAACCGAGAACUCUAGUUUUAAGUCCGCCUAGUAUUACGAAUUUUAAAGAAUCUCACGUAGGUAAGAAUACAGUUAUAAUUACAGACUUAGAAGAGGAUGAGACGGAGCAACCUCAUUCGAUUAUUAUCGCUGAAAUUUCCAAAGAAAAGGACAGUCCUAAUAGGACGUUUGAUUCUCACAUAGUCGAAUUGAAUCAUACUUACGACUCUCACAUGAGCAGGAAACAAAUGGAUGGCGCACUAAAAGAGAGCAACAGUGACAAUUCCAAAGAAAUAACAAUAAAUGGAACAAAUGAUGACAGCCAUGAUAUGGAUCAAACUGAAGUCAAAUCACCCGAAACAAAAACUGAAGAAACAAAGCAUAAAGAAACUAUAAAUAAUGUUGACACCCUUAAAGACAUCCCAAACGGCACAGUUUCAAAAGUCAAUAAUUGUUAUGAAAUAAAGUGCAAUGGUAAUAGCGAGAAAUUUGCAACAGUCAACUUUAUAAGCGAAUCUUUUGAGGAACUUGUUGAAAGCAAUGUCGACGAUGGGGACUGCAAAGAGACUAAAAACGAUGAUGAAAUUUUAGAAGAUUCUGAAGUAGAUAAGACACUCCCUUUAAAAGAUAGCCCGGUGAAGCUUGUGCCUGAACAAGUGAAUGGAGUGGAAGAGAAAAUGGUGGCUGUCACGGAGGAUUUUUUACAGAAUGAGAAGAAGUUCUGCCAGCUUGACGUUUACCUGCCGCUCCUGAGUGAUAUUAGAUUCACAGGACCAGCUUCCGAGAUCAUGAGCACAUCCUUCACGCAAGACUCACCGACGGAGCCCACGCCAGAGGGAGAAGGCAACAAGCCCGGCGACGUGAAGGAGUGGGACAGCGACACCGACUCGCACUCCAGCAAUUCGUCGAGUGGCGAAUUUAUUUGGAAGGGCGGCGACGGGCAAGAGACGUCCGUCGUUCCAACCACGCAUUUCGACCAUCGCGGCUCGAACGGGUCCGCGGGCCGCGCGGCGCCGGGCUCGGGCAGCGCCUCGGGCUCGGGCUCGGGCUCGGGCUCGGAGGGCGACGAGGUGGAGUUCGUGCCGUCGUCGUGGGACUGCCGCGCCGAGCCCGCCAAGUCCUCGCUUCGCAGCCUGCCCGUUUCACAGGAUAACAAGAAGCGCGUUGUGUUCAAGCGGCAGAAGUACCACUGCGUGUACGAGUACCCGCGCGAGCUAGCCACCGUGGACGCCGACUCGCCCGCCUACCUACCCGACCUGUCCACAUACUCAGAAUGGGACCCCGGCAGCGCGGAGGAGGCGGAGCUGGGCUACGGGCAGCUGUUCGGCGCGGCCUCGCCGCUCGACCUGUACCCGCUGCGCGGGACCAUCGCCUUUGGCGCAGAUUACGAUGAGGAUUUCUUCAUAUCGUCAUCGGCCCGUCCGUUCGAGAGCCUCGGCGUGAUGUCCACCACCAGCCAGUUCUUCCCCGGCAUGCGGCUCAAGCCCCUCGACCUCCCCGCCGACGACGACUUUCCCCCGCCGCCCUCCCCGCUCGCGCCCCUCCCGCAGACGCGCACGCCCUCGCUGGACUUCACCACCCCGGACUCCGGCGUCGAGGACAUCACCCCCGGCUCCACGUCCACGGACGAAGACUUCAAAACCAAGAAGCUCGAGGACGUCACUCCGUGGCGGAGCAUAGACAGUGGCAGCUCCAGCGAGUCCGUCAGCCCGAGCUCCCCCGGCGGCGAGGCCCUCGGCGGCCUGCGCCACACGCGCGACAAGCUCAAGCUCGACCUCCCGCCCAGCCCGCACAUACCCUCGCCCAGGCACAACAGGGUGUUCAACUUUGUUCUCGACAAGCCGAAGAGGCGCGCGGCCGACGACCGGUCAGACGUCGGCACGACUCCCCUCGUCAUGACCGACGAGACCCCGCUCGUGACCGGCUCCCUCCCCGUGCCCGACUGCGAGGACGUCCCCGUCCCGGAACCCACCUUCUCCACCUUCGGCAAGACCGUCCCUCGAGCCGACCCGGAGCAGAAGAUUAUACUGACCGACGAUGGAGAAAAGGCGGCCAGUCCCGUGAAGGAGCCCGUCCGCGGGGAGGGCACAGUGCUGGACAGCGGAGACGAGGAUUCCGGCAUAGAGAGCAGCGCUAAAACCACGCUGGAGCGAAAAACCCCCAACGUUUCUUAGAUAUAAUAUCGUAGUGGUGGCGUGGCGUCAAAAUUGUUCCUAGAUCGUGACGAAAUUUCUCUCACUUGCUUUAAAACCUGCGAAAGUGGCUCGUCUUGUCGCAAGCACGACAUAAUAAAAAACUGAGCGGGGUGACCUAGCAGUCUGCCUCACUCUAACAUAUACGGCCAAUUGUUUUGUAUC